CGAAACUUCUCCGUUCGCGCGCUUGCCUGCUUGCGCGAAGGUCGGCGUAUGAGCGGCGAACGGUGGAAAGGGAACAGCCGCCAGCGAGACCGCGCGAGCGACGCGCGGGAAUUGUAUCUGCGUAUCUCCGCGAUUGCUCACUGACGCCCGCCCGUCGAGCACCUUACCGUUUGACUCCGGUAGUUCGGGAAGACAAAGGAGAAGCGGCUAAGAGCCGCGCGCGCGGGUGUUUGCUUGCCUUCUCCGCAGACAGCGCGGCAUCAGCAGUGCGACUUUGGAACCCGGCGGGAGCGGGCGGGAUCCGAGGACCGGAGCGAGGGCCCUGUCAAGAGGUGCGUUGCUGUGACGGCAGUCGUGGUCCUGCGUUUUGGCAGCACAGUAUACACCACCGUCAUGGCCGUGCGGUACUUCGGCGCGGCCGACUACUGCGUGCUGGUGGCCGUGCUGGGCCUGUCCUCGUUCAUCGGCAUCUACUUCGCCUGGAAGGGCCGCCGCAGCACCAACAACAAGGAGUUUCUCGUGGGGAAUAGACAGCUACAGGUUUUUCCGGUGACAAUGUCAAUAAUGGCAAGUUUUUUGUCGGCGAUCGCCAUUUUGGGCGUGCCAUCAGAAAGUUUCAUCAACGGCUCCCAGUACAUGGUCAACUUUAUCGGUGUUGUCAUCGGCAUCCUCUUGGCAGCUCACGUCUUCCUGCCCGUGUUCUACGAGAUUGACAUGAUCAGCGUGAACCAGUACCUGGAGAAGCGGUACAACUCUGUCUUCAUCCGAAAGUUCACUUCGGCCAUCACUGUGGUUCAAAUGUGUUUCUACAUGGGAGUGGUAUUAUACGGUCCCUCACUAGCACUUGGGUCUGUGACUGGUCUUCCAGUGUGGCUCUCCAUUGUGCUCAACGGAAGCGUUUGCGCCUUUUACACGACAAUUGGAGGCAUCAAGGCUGUCGUCUGGACCGACGUCAUACAGAUGUUGCUCAUGCUUUCCGGAUUCUUCAUCGUCCUCAUCAAGGGCUUGAUGAUCACUGGUGGGCCUGCUGCCGUUUUCGACACCGUGGACAAGCAUGGAUUACUUGAGUUUUUUGACAUGAGCUUCAACUUUCAGAAGACGUUCACCUUCUGGGGCGUCGUCAUCGGUUCCACGAUCACCUGGACCAUGGGACUGUGCACCAACCAGACCAUGAUCCAGCGCUACUGCAGCCUCCAAUCCAUCAACAAGGCUCGCGCGGCGCUGUACGUCAACAUGCUGGGCGUCGGAGGAACGCUGACGUUAUCUUCGUUGUGUGGCCUCGUGCUUUUCGCGCUUUAUCAUCAGUGCGACCCGGUCAAGGCAUCGGUAAUCAACAAGUACGACGAGAUGAUGCCGUACUUUGUUAUGGACUCGCUGGGCCACCUACCGGGCAUGACGGGACUCUUCGUCACGGCUGUCUACAGCGGCUCACUCAGCACGAUGUCGUCUGGGUACAACGCCUUGGCCGCCAUAACGUGGGAGGAUUUCUUAAAGCCCAAGCUCAAGUUGUCUCCGAGAGGUGUCAUGUGGGCAACGAAGGCGAUAGCGGCCGCCUACGGUCUCCUCACGGUGGUCAUCGCAUUUCUCGCAGGCACCCUGCCUUCUAUCCUUUCGGCAACUUUCGUCACGACUGGAUGCUUCGUAGGUGCUUCCGGAGGCAUAUUCUUCCUCGGCCUCUUAUUUCCAUGGUCCGAAAGCCGGACUGUUAUCAUGGCCAUGUUAACGGGCAUGGCAUUGUCCUUCUGGGUUGCCAUCGGCGGCAUGGUCUACCCUCGGCAGCCUGUGAUCGCGCGCACCACGGUUGAAGCCUGCACCUUCAACUACACGCUCAAAGUGCUCCCUCAGCGAACAUACCAAUCCGGCGGCCUAUACGACCUGUACCACGUGUCGUACAUGUGGAUUCCAGCAAUCAGCUUCCUCUCCACAAUCUUCGUAGCCGUAGUUGUCACGCUUAUUCGUGGUACAAAGAACUCGGCUGAUGUAGAUCCAAACCUGUUAGCUCCGGGAAUCAGGGAAUUCUACAUGAGGACGAGGACCAAGAAGGGACAACAGGAGGAGACCAAGGAACAAAAAUGCGUGCCGGCGAAGGCGAAGGACGACACCAUCGAGAAACCGGAGAAACUCCGCGAGAUCGUCGGCUACACCAACGGUCACGUGAACUACGCUAUGACCAAUGACGACGGCGCGGAACACACGGCCAUGUAGGCGUCGAAAAGACUGUGAUAUUUUAGGUUGACGAACUGUUUACGUCGUUUGUGCAUACCUCGGUUUAUGUGCCUUGAAUUGUAAAUGUACAUAUAGCACUCUCGAAAAUUAUUUUGCACGUCUUGUAGAGGAGUCAGUACAAAGAAAAACGAAAUGAUUCAAGGCUGUCGUUUUCAGGCAACGACCAAAUACUAUAGGAGGCAUCUUGCAACCCUAUAGGCACGAUGCCUCGCUUUACGAUUCUUUUACCCAACCUCCUUUCGGCAAUUACUGUAUACUGCGAGAAACGAGAAUACUUCGAGAUGUCUGCGGCAUCAUUCCAAUCUAGCUCGAAGGAGGACUUAUUGUCGUUUUUUUUAAUGCUUCUCACUGCACAACAUCCUCUCAUAAAUACCUCUUCGUCCAGCGUUGAGAUACACCGCACACUACCAGCCACUUGCCGUCGUAAAAUUGUCAUGUUUUCCUUCUCAGUACUCAGUGUGGCUGGGACACCUUUGGCACAAAGAAACUUCCACGAGACAGAGCCAGGUACUCUUUCAAAGUGAGAAAAUCUCAAUGUUCUACUUGAGUACAGCAACUUACGACCAUUAGUAGAGGCGCGAAACUGGAGACAAAUAAGUUUCCAUAAACGCCAGCGCAUGAGCUUAAGUGUAGUGUCGAGACAUUCGACAAACUGAAGCAGUUUCAAUCUUAAUGUUUUGGUGAUCCAUACCUUGCGCAAGCUGAUUGCACUGCCACCUUUAAGCCGGGUCUCAUUUUUCUUGCUUUUUCACGACCCUUAUCAGAAUCCACAGCACGUAAGAAUGUUAUUUUAUAUGAGCUUACGGUAUUGGUUUUUACUUUUUUUUCCCGCCUUGCUGUAUCAUUAAGCGAGGAUGCUAUUGCCAGCUCUAGCCUUCAGGCGAACUAGUUCUGUAGACUAAUUCUGUAGAUGACAUGUGAACUAGUGUCCAUAUGGUGGCCCUUCAGCUAUUUAUUCACUGUUGGUGCGACAUUUGGCCUCUUAUAGAAGUAAUAACAUGCAUUCACCUCACUACGCAUCGAGGUUAUCUCAUUGAUAGGCGAUUGCGCUUUCCGACAGAUUUCAGUACACCAAGCGCAAUCCAUCUGUAUAAAGGUCAUGACUAAUCUAUGAUUACUUACUAGUCAUCGCGCUUACAGGAGGGCAUUUUCCAAAUAAUACUGCAGUAAAUUGCUACACCGAAUAGCUUUGAAAUGGCAAAAUGAAAUAGGGCAGGACAAUACACAACUGAAUUGCAUGCGGCUACGUUAUUAUUAUUAUAUUUUUCAUGCCAUUAAUUUCUAUUUGUACUCUAUUAAAACAGCAUCGCCGCAAGCGAAUGUUAUCGGUAUGAAAAAAAAAAAACAAUUUAACCGUUUGAGAACUAGUCGUGAUGAAGUUACAAGUUACAAUGACACUUGAAGGCCAGGACAUUUCGCAAUGUUUCUCUCUUUCUGUCCUUAUUGUAUUUCUUUUGCACUCUUUAUUUAACGCAUUACACUCACUUGCAUAUCCCAAUCCUAGUAUAGCCAGCAUCUCGCACAUGGUCUUUAAAUUUUUUAUUUUAUCUGCCUGCUUUCUUGGAAAGAGAUAGCUGAUAGUGGUCUUUUUCUUUUAUUAUAUUCAAGUAUUCCGGACACCUGUAUCUAUCACACUUGACUACCGCGCGGCAUAAAAAUAUUGUAGGAUAUAUCGUAACGUGAGCCCUUCGCUGUACUCCACCUGUGUUAGUACUCCACCUGUGUGAGAGUACUAAUACUAGACAGUGAUCGUGAAAACGUCAUCUUAAAGUCACAACAGCGAACGUUGUCCAGGCGACGAAAGAAGAUGAAAAAAAAAAGCGCAUACCGGGACACAUGACUGUUUUUAAAGGGACUCCAAUCAGAAAAAUUGAUUUGAGUUGUUGAAAGAAGUUACAGUUUCACAAUACCGUAAAAAGCCACUUUUACCGGCUUGAUAAUGCAGAAAAGGCACAAGAGCGAGAAACGGGUGGUGACGUCGCCUUUAAGUUCCCCCACUAACUCACCGUGACGUCAUAGUUUUUUUUUUUUCGGGGGACUACAUUGCAUCAUUCUAAAGAAGCCAAAGACUGAACUUAGCAAGUUUCGAAACUUUUGCGGCACCACAACGACAGAAACACACACACACACAAACAAGAAAACAAACAAACUAUGAAAUCCGUGACAUUGCACCAAUGUAGCGGCGUUGGUGCAAGGCGGAUGGGGGAUGAGGGGGGGGGGGGGGGGAGUUCGUCCUUCAUUUUACCUUCUAGUAAUCAACCUCCUGACCAUCUACAUUAACUGCAAUAAUGUUUUACACGGAUGCUUCAUCAGUCUAGAAUGAUUCAGUGUUUCUUUUUAGUGAUCUCUCUAAUGUCCAAAGUGAGCUUGCUUACUGGGCUCAGAGAAUCAAAAAACAAGCGCCCUGUUUGGGCAACACUACUCAAAGCUCAAGCAUGCUUUAUCAAGCUACGUACGGUUUGCUUUUCUAAGAGUCGUUCAGCGCGAGUUUUAUAACGAUAAUCUCAGUUACACUCGAUAUUCAUGCCUUAUUUUAUAGGACCUCAUUUUUGGCUUGGGCAACCGCAAGUUCUUACAAGGGCAUAUUAUACAACCUCUUUAACUGUUGUAGUAGUUCUUCAAUCUAUGCUCAAGCGAGACGUCUGUUACAGACAAAAAUGAGUGUUUUCACUGAUGCAGGUUGCUAAAGCAGCCACAGCGCGUCCAGUAUUGAGUUGAUGUAUACAAAAAGAGGGUACUGAAAAAAAUAUAUAUACAGAUUGCUUAGUGCCCCUUGAAUGUUGUUAGGAAGAUAUUUCUUGUUAUAUUAAAACGUGCCUGUUAUAUUGUUCAGAUGAUUCCGCUAUAUAGAAUCGCCGAAUAUAGUGAUAUUAGGAAAAGGUGACAAUCCACGGAAGGACAUUGUUGUUGUUGGUAUUGUUGUUUUGCAGUUCUACCGUUGCUUGCACUGAAUUGUAAGUUUUAUAGCACUGUUGUAGGCCGGCCUCGAUGAACCACUCGAACUUCGCCCACAUCGAGCACCAUCAAUAAAUAAUCACUUUUCUGUAUAUAUACGUUGUUUCUAAACCGACGAAAGAAAUAAA